AUGGCUAGAGAUCAACAAGCGGUAGUGCUUAAUGCACUUGAUGUUGCCAAGACCCAGUGGUACCAUUUCACAGCAAUUGUCAUUGCUGGAAUGGGAUUUUUCACAGAUGCCUAUGAUAUCUUCUCCAUCUCCUUCAUCACCAAACUCCUUGGUCGCGUAUACUACACUGAGCAAGGUGCAGAAAAGCCCGGCACAUUGCCUCCCAAUGUAUCUGCAGCCGUUAGCAGCGUUGCCCGGACAACUCUGCUUUGGAUGGCUUGGUGA